AUGAUUAGUUCUCCCUACAACGAGCACUGGACUAAGCUCAGGAAGGUUCUGCACAACAAUGUUCUCAGCCCCGUCCACGUUGCACUUCAGAGCUCUUCCCACCAGGAAGCUGCGAAUAAACUCAUCAACAAACUGGAAAAAGAGAUGAAAGAGAAGAAUGGUGUGGUGAGGCCCUUUCAUGCCUUCAAAAUGAUGGGGAUGAGUUUUAUGGCCCACUUAUGCUUUGGCUUGGACUUUCAAGACGAGAAUUUUUUGUCCAAGCUGGAAGAAUUCAUUGAAGAAGAUAUUAAUCUGACUCAAGAUGCAGAUGUGUUUCUGGAUUCAUUUCCUCCUGCUCGUUUCUUUGUUCCUUCAUCAAUCAGAACGGAAAGAAAAUGGAAGUCUCUGAGAGCUGAUGUUCUCCGUCUCCUGGUGCCUUUAAUCCGAUUUGCUCGCAGUUAUAGAAAAUACUUUAAGCGAAGUGCUCCGAGUAGUUUCUUGAACUCUUUACUAUCCAUUGACGAAGGGGAGGAAGGUGAAGACAAGUCCAAGUUAUCCGAUGAAGAAAUAGCUUUCAGUAUGUAUGAGCUGUGCCUUCUUGCAGUAGACAACACAUCUACGACCAUUGAAUGGGCGCUGGCUUACCUGAUAACCAAUCCUCAAGUCCAAGAGAGGGCUUAUCAUGAGAUUAGCCAAGCAGCGCAGGAAGGAAAUGGUGGGUUGUUCGGCUUAGAGGAUUUGAGGAAGCUGCCGUACUUGCAAAGUGUGGUGAAGGAAACGUUGAGAAAAGAAUCAAUUGCGCCACUUGGGGUUAUUUACCAGACGGAAAAGGAGUGUAAGGUGAUGGGCAUCACCAUACCUGCAAAGUCAGCAGUCCUUUUCAAUCUACAUAGCGUGUCGAAUGAUCCUGAGGUGUGGGAAGAGCCGGAGGAGUUCAGACCUGAGAGAUUUUUGGGGAAGAAUGAGGUGAGAAUGACAUUUCUUCCGUUUGGAGCAGGAAGGCGGGUGUGCGCAGGAAGGUAG